CAGCUUGUCGUGCCUGCUGUGAUGGGCGUCGCGUGCAGCGAGAUCAGCUGUGGGCCUGACAUGACACGGAUGGAGGCUGAGAACAACGGGAAGCCCCUGCUGGUCCGUGAGGAGUCAUCUCUUAAUAUCCCAGCUAUUGCUGCUGCCCACGUUAUUAAGAGAUACGUUGCCCAGGCACCGGGUGAACUCUCCUUGGAGGUGGGAGACCUCGUGUGCGUCAUCGAUAUGCCGCCUCAGGAGCUGAGCCCCCGCUGGCGAGGCAAGCACGGCUUUCAGGUUGGAUUUUUCCCUGGUGAGUGUGUGGAGCUCAUUAAUGGAAAAAUCCCGGAGUCUCUCAUCAAUUCGGUGCCAAAGCCAGGUGCUCUGUAG